AAGCUUAGUGGCACAAGUGGGCGUCGAGAAGACCAUGUGGGAAUAUACCAGGGUGAUGUCUUUAUUGGAGCACUCUUUCUUCAUUGCUGGGAUCUGGACCAGCGAAUCUAGAUCGCACGAGUCAAUUGAGCAGAUAAACCAGACGAUUCAAGACAUGACGAUGGGCGGCGAGUUCACUCUUAACCCGUUCGACGCCCUGUCGCACGGCGAGCAGUCCAUCCGGCUGGAGUGCGAGUCGUUCUGCGUGGAGGACGCCGCCGAGCUCACUGUCGACGACUUCGCCUCGCUGAAGAAGCACGGGCUGGCUGCUGAGAGGAAGGACAGUAAUGAGGUGCCGCUGAUAGCCGACGAGAUCGACAUAAGUCCGUGGAAGAAUCUAUUGAUGAAGUUUGCCCAAGUUCAUGCCUGCUUAGAGCACUUGUAUCGAGCGGAAACUUGCUUGCGAGCUGAUAUUGCCGGCCUGAAGCCCAUAGCGACGCGUCUCUUAGAACACUACGUGUCGGACAAGUCUCCAGUCCGAAGCGUGGGCCAGCUGAUGAGCGACCCCCUACAGAGGAUAGCGAUGCCCAUAGCCAACAACUUGGUGCAGGAUCACUUGAAGAAAAAUGCGUUCUGGUAUCGAGCAGAACUGACCAAAAAAGAAAAAGAUGCGGGCGUGAAACGUGAUUCCAAAAUGGUCUACGUUUUCUCUCAGCAACCAGUCUUCCCUCCACCUGUCUGGCAAAACCUAGAACCGUCCGUUGAAGAUGCAGCAGAGGUCACAACAGUGGGAGAAGACUUGAAAUACCACAUCACUAAAUACACGUAUCUAAGCAACGAAGUAGUAGCGAAAAUAGACCUUAAGUGUACGUAAUAGAUUAUAGGAAGAGCAAGUGCCAUUUUAUGUAAAUAUACUUUGUAUUUUUUAUA